AUGCCUAAUAAUAAUAGUAUAUCGAACGUACCAAUCUUGGACUCACAAUUAGUCAGUAAGGUAAAGCUGGAAUUGAAAAUGAAGGAGGAAACAAUUAAGGAAUUAAGAAAUCAAUUGAAAUAUUAUCAGGAAACACAAUGUUCUGCCUGUUUAGCCAAUAGAUCCUAUCACGCCCCUCCUUCGGAUGAUGAGCAUGACGAAGAUGAACAUGAUCAACAUCAUUUGGAGAAUUAUACAAUUACUAAAACAACCACGGAACCAGGGGUUGUCUAUAACACUGAAGCACACAAUAUGGGUCUUAAGAACGAUUGGCUUGCACCAGCAACAACAGGAAGAAGACAAUCCAUACAAUUGAAUAACAUAUAUGAAAGUGAAAUUCAAGAUUUAAUUGCAAAGAAGAAAUAG